GAGUGGAGGCGCGUAAUCCUGAAGGGUUCUGGAACGAGACAGGCUAUACGCGCAGAGAGCGCUCUGGGGCAUGUUGGUGAAAGCUCGAUCAUGCGUUAACCACUGGUUGGGUCGCUGCCUCUCAACCCCAGUCCCGCUCUAUUUCUGUUAUUCCACCUUGAAUUGAAAGCGGGUAACAGACUGACAGAGAAUCAUACACGGACAACGUAGUGAGAGGACAUUAUAAGGAUUGAGUGUGAGAGAGAACACCAUAUGGACUCAGUAUUUGUACUAUAUCGGGUAGUUUGAUAGAAAAACGUUCUAACCCGUUCUCUCGUGAAGAGACAGAAAAAAGAAAACCAGCACGCGCACACUCAACACUGUACCCAAACACACACCGUUUGUGUCCGAAGAUGGAGGGCAUGGCGUAUGGAGCGGGAAAGGCUGGAGGUGCCUUCGACCCUACAGCGUUCUUCCAGCAGCCCCACACAAUCCUCCGCAUCAUCUCUUGCCUCUUCUCCGUUGUGAUCUUCGGCUGUAUAGCCAACGAGGGCUAUGUGAAUCGUCCGGACGAGGUCCAGGAGUUCUGUAUCUUCAACAGGAACCAGAAUGCGUGUAACUACGGCGUGUUCAUGGGGAGCCUGGCCUUCCUCUGCUGCCUGGCCUUCCUGGCUCUGGAUGUUUACUUCCCACAGAUCUCCAGCGUCAAGGACCGCAAGAAGGCUGUGCUGGCAGACGUGGGCGUGUCAGCGUUCUGGUCCUUCAUGUGGUUCGUGGGGUUCUGUUUCCUGUCCAAUCAGUGGCAGGUGGCUAAACAUGAGGACAACCCCCGGGGGGGGGGGGGCAAUGCCGCCCGCGCUGCCAUCAUCUUCGCCUUUUUCUCUACCUUCUCCUGGGCGGCCCAGUCUUUCUUCGGCUACCGGAGGUACAAGCUUGGGGCAGACUCUGCCCUCUUCUCCCAGGACUACGUGGACCCCAGCCCACAGGACGGUGCUGCUGGAGCCCCCUACACCUCCUUUACCACCACCGGGGGAGACCCGGAGGACGGAGACGCCGCCGUACAGUCUUCAUAUCAGGGUAUCGACAGUGAGGGGGGUCAGGGAUACCAAGACUACUGAGGGAGACGUGAAGGGAACGGAGAGAUGGAAGGAGACGCGCAGCGGUGAGGGAGAAUUGGGGGGAGGAGCUGUAGGGAUGAAGGAGACGGAGGGAGUAGGGGCGGAGUUGAGAAGUAGAUGUAUGGAGAAAGAGGCGGAACUAGCGGAGGAGAUGGAAUCAGGGCUCUGGGUGUGAAGGCGGUGGUGUUCUCAAAGCCCAAUGGAGGCAAAUCUGUUGCCGGUAUUUUGUUUAUUUUAAAUACUCCAAGAGCAGAACCGCUGAAUCAAGUUGGGAAUAAUUCACCUCCACAUGCUUGCCAUCCGCCAUAAUAACACAGCAGAAGUAGCUAGCCGACUGGGGCCGUCAUUACACUUGGAUCAUUUUUACAGAAUUUAAAUAACAUUACCAUAAAAUGCGCAUACAAUAUUUGAUUCACACAAUCAACGAGGAACUGACGCUACACAGUAAGGCAAGACGUGCGUUCGCUACCCUUUGGCCAGUGAUCUGGAAGGCAUAUGUAGCCACUGUCAUGAAUUAACACGGUGAUCUCCGUGGAACAAGGGGUUGUUGCUGGUGAUAAUAGAAUUGUUUUGCUCCAACCAAUGGGAUCUGUUUUUAAUUGCUUCCCAACGUUUUUAUUCGUAAUAUUUGUUUACACAUGAAUCAGUAGCAGAUUUCACUGCUCAUUCCACUCCAACACACACUGAGCGAGACAUCGUUUUUUAGACCUCAGUAGGGGCAGGGAGUGUCUGUCAGAAAGGUGUUCCUGGUUACCGUGGGAAAGUAGAGUGGGAAAAGUAACUGUUUAUCUGUUUAUCGCAAUUUUUUUUUUUAUCUGUGACGCAAAUCUGGCCUAAAAAUGUUGUUAAUCUAGAUAAAACUAUGGUAGUAAUUCGCCCCUUGCUUAUGAAUGCUGUUCACGCCACAUUUUGGUUAUUUUUACUGCAUGGGAAGUAGCUAUAGCCAUGCUGUGGCAAUGUCAUGGCUACAGCAAUUGUUUUAAUAACCUACCUGAGACUGACCAGACACUUCUGUUUCAAAUGAGAGGCUAAGAGGCCAAGUGAUCAGAACAUAAGAAGAAGGUGGUCAGUCAGACCUGAGUAAGAGAGAUCCUCUUGCCACAUUUUCGCAUGUAUUUCAGUUUUCCAGUAGGUAAUGCCUACCAUAUGAGGCGCGUAUGUGCAGUAACUUCAUUUCCCCUUCACUCCUAAUAUUAUUUUUUUUUAAACUGGCAAAGGUCAAAGUCUACAAAUCUUGGUCUCAUGUUGAUGACACAUGAAUCACAACGGUUUUGAGAUCAGAUGUUUUUCUCAUGAGAAAAGGCACAUAAUGUUGUCCCAGUGCCAUCCUCGCUCCAUAAUGGGGGAGUGGACCCCUUCACGGGAAACCACUUGAAACAUUUUCUGAGCUAUCGUGACAGGUUAGCCGUAAUUACAUUGGC